AUAGCCCACGGUCUGUUUCUGUUUGGGUUUUUUUGUUGUAUAUUUUUUGAUGUUUAAGGUGAUUUUAAUGUCCCACAAUGUGAUUAUAUUUCCUUCAGACGGUAGAACACAAUGGGGCACGUUUGGGAGAGACUCGGGAGUGUUGACUAGCAGUUGGCGGUGACUGAUUUGCCUUCCUGUUUGACUGUUUACGCCCGGCAGUGAUUCAUCCCCUCAGACAUGGAGGACCCUGAUAUACGACAACAGAAGCUCGACAACCAGCGAGCCCUUUUGAUGAAAAAGCAGCAAAAGAAGAGAGCUGACUCUCAAAUGGUUGUAGCCAAUCGGGAUGCUCGCCAAAAGAAACAAAAGCUCAAAACCGUGUGCUCCGAUGAAACACCUCUGCUGAUCAGCCAAUCCCUAAGCAACACUUCCCUCAGUGAUCAAGUUGAACACGCCCAUGAUAACCCACUGGAUGAGAUCACGUUAGGUGAAGACAACACAACAGCAACUAUGAAGUUUGAUGAGGUGCCUUCAGAGAUUCCUAUUACUCCCCAAAAAAUGAACUUGGAGAUUGACAAAGAGCCUGACGUGAAGUGUGAGGUCGAGAAUAAUGCUCAGACCGAGGGGAAAAAGACAAAGAAGAAAGACGUGAAAAAAGAAAAAGCCAAACAGAUCGACCAGGAGGAGGGAAACGACAAAGAGAAGGAGAAAAAGGAGAAAAAAACCAAGAAGAAAGAGAAAGGGAACGAAUCUGAAGACCCACAGAAGACAACCAAGACAACCAAACAGGAGCGAAAAAAGAAGCACUUGCAGGAGGCGUCGAGCAAAGACACAGAGCCAGUGGUGGAUGUGGCGAGUCCAAAGAAGAAUAAAAGCAAUGAAAGUGAAGCUGAAGCCGAAGAGGCGGACGGGGCUGCCACUCAAUCGCCUAAGAGGAAAAAACAACUCGACACAACCAGGUGCCAAAUAAGUGACGAGAGCAAAGACGAGGAAAUCAAGAAGGAGAAAAGGGAGACAAAGAAAAAGAAAGCCGAGAAGACGACGCCAGGUCUCGGUUCCCUUAACUCCAACUACAGAAAGGGUUCAUCAUCAAACAGUGAAUCCAAUGAAAGAUCAUCAUCUCCAAUUUCAGUGAAAGACCUCGAGAAGUUUGCUUUGCGUCCGGCCCCCAGGGAUGCCACCAUCCAGUGUAGGGUCACCAGGGACCGGAGAGGCAUGGAGAAGGGAAUAUAUCCGACGUACUACCUCCACAUGGAGAAGGAGGAUGGCAAUAGGGUGUUUCUAUUGGCAGGCAGAAAAAGGAAGAAGAGCAAAACAUCCAAUUAUCUCAUCACCACGGACCCAGUAAAUCUGUCCAGAGACACAAACUGCUACAUAGGAAAACUAAGGUCCAAUAUUCUGGGUACAAAGUUCACAGUCUAUGAUGGAGGUGAAAACCCAGAGAAAAAGCCGUUUGUCAAAGAGUCUGAAUCAGUGCGGCAAGAGCUGGCAGCAAUCUGCUAUGAGACGAACGUGCUGGGGUUUAAGGGUCCCAGGAAAAUGACAGUGAUCAUCCCAGGCAUGUUGGAGAACGAUGAAAGAGUGUCCAUUCGUCCGAAACAUGAAUCUGAUACUCUUCUGGCACGCCACGCAAACAGCAACACAGAAAGUCUGGUCACACUGGUGAAUAAAUGCCCGAGCUGGAACGAGCAGUCUCAGUCGUUUGUGCUUAACUUCCACGGUCGUGUCACCCAGGCCUCGGUCAAAAACUUCCAGAUCGUCCACCCUGACAACGAGGAUUACAUCGUGAUGCAGUUUGGCCGCGUAGCAGAGGACGUCUUCUCCAUGGAUUACAGCUUCCCCAUGUGUGCCCUGCAAGCCUUUGCCAUCACGCUGUCUUCCUUCGAUGGUAAACUGGCCUGUGAGUGAGCCUCACUGGUGUGCCUCAAGUGCUUAACAAGAUCCCUGAUCUACUGUCGAAAGAAACGUACAGUUUAAAUCACAAGGACACCCAAUCAGUUUGCACAGGGACCUUUUUAUUGUUUAGUUUUCUGGUGCUUUCUAACAUCUCGUAAUCACGAAAUAUGAAAAGCCUGCCACAGACUUAGACUUCAGAGACUUGUUAUAAAGGUCCAGUAUUAUUUUACAGCAGAUUUUAUAUGGAAGAUACAAUACAACACAAUUAUGUAAGUAUUUUAAUGUAAUUGACUUGUUUUUCUUUUUAUAUUUGCCAGCUGUGUAAAGGACUUAAAGUAUUGAGGACAACAGUUUAAAGACUACGAAAUAUUAAAUGAUGGUAUCACAAG